GCAAUUCCUGCGGACUGCUUCUUUGUGAAAUGUAAUGGAGUCCUGGUUGCUGCUAGCGACACGGUGCAGCAUGGAGCUGUCUACACCUUGGAGCCCAGACUUUGUGGAGGGAAAGGAGGUUUUGGGUCUAUGCUUCGAGCACUCGGUGCUCAGAUUGAGAAGACAACCAAUCGAGAAGCCUGCAGGGAUCUCAGUGGGAGGAGAUUACGCGAUGUCAAUCAUGAGAAAGCGAUGGCCGAGUGGGUAAAACAGCAAGCUGAGCGAGAGGCUGAAAAGGAGCAAAAGCGCCUGGAGAGACUGCAGCGAAAGCUUGCAGAGCCUAAGCACUACUUCACCAGCCCCGACUACCAGAGGCAGUGCCAUGAAAUGGCUGAGCGUCUGGAGGAUUCCGUCCUCAAAGGUAUGCAGGCUGCCUCCAGCAAGAUGGUGUCAGCAGGAAUCAGUGAGACUCGGAAACGGCCUAACAAGUCAAAGGCAGACCAGGAAGCUGGAGCAAAGAAAAGGAAAUGCUUUUGGUUGGGCAUGGAAGGACUGGAGGCUGCUGAGGGCUCCAGCGCUGAAAGCUCAGAUGACGACAGUGAUGAAGCCCCCGGUACUUCGGGGUCUGGCCCGAGCUGCUGUGCUCCAGAAAAUGGUAGUGAUGGAGUUGAGGUGGCAGUUGACCGUCCUUGCAGUCCUCAGAGCUCAGGAUUGAGCACACACUCCAAGUCUCCGGAAAAGCUUCAGAAAGACAUGCCUGACCCUGACCCUGGGCAGGACAUUCUGGAGAACACACAAACUGAGCUGGGAGAGACAUGUGCCACAGAGCACAGCGAAAAGAAGAUGGACACAGAAACAGAAGAGACCUCGGCAAAGGAGACAGAGGGUCCCACACCCACACAGAAGGACCAAGAGACAGGAGUGACUAGUGGGGACAGUGCUGCCAUGGCUGUAUCUGGAGAAAAUGUGAAAAGUGUCCCCAUUGCUAAACUGGAGGGAAGCCAAUCAGGAGACACAGCUCUCCGUCAGGAAGCUGUGGAUCUGUUAGCAUUCAGCUCCGCAGCAGAGUUGGAGUCGCUGGGUUUGGAGAGGCUGAAGAGUGAACUGAUGGCCCUUGGACUGAAGUGCGGGGGCACCCUGCAGGAGCGUGCAGCCAGGCUCUUCUCUGUCAGGGGCCUGGCAAAGGAGCACAUUGACCCAGCUCUGUUUGCCAAGCCUUCAAAAGGGAAGAAGAAAUGAAUUUCCUCAGCUCUCAUGAUUUUGACACUUCCUCUGACUUGAUGUGGACUUGUGGCCAAUGUUCCUGUUGAUACUAAAAGGCGGUUUUUCAAUAACUCACUUCUAACUAGUCUCUCUUCAUUGGUACCUGGGCUUGAGGUUUUCAUCGGAGAGAAAAAACUUUGUAGGUUAUUUUCCUUUCUUUUUGGUGUUUUUGGGAGAGUCUCACAGCCAAGUUCCAGGACAGCUAGGGCUACACAGAGAAAAACAAACAAAUUAAAAAUUGGUGGAGACUCACUCUGUAGUCUGGACUGACAAACGACUUUGUAGUUCAGUUUGGUCUCAGACUUGCAGUGAUCCUUCUGCCUCAGCUCUGAGCCCCUGCAUCUGCUUUGUCAGGCGUUCAUAAGUUUCUUAGGUUUUAUAUUGUGUCAUUUUGGUGUGUUUUCAGAAAAUUUAUUUGUAGACAGUUAUUCGUAACUUGUGGUAAAAACCUCUCUCCUUCCAAUACUGAGUGUCUGUGUACUACAAGGGAUGGGACCUAGCUGCUCCCAUGCCUCUCACACUGGGGGUUUACUUUAGCAGGGGUCUAUUUCGUUUGGUUUAUGAAUUGUUCUCAAUUGUCAGUCUCAUUGGCAUUUGCAUUUUGUUUCCUCUCCUAUGUACCUUGGGUUUUCUUUACUCAUUUUUCUUUAGUUCCUUUAGAUCACUGAUUAUAGAUUUUCUUGCAUUUAUUUUUUUAAGUAUAUUGUCCAAUUAGCAAAUAUUUGUUUUCUCUAAAUGUCUUAUUGAUACUGACUAUUCAGGUCAGAAAAUACCUUGCAGUGUACUGUUGAAAAGAACAAGCACAAACCGGGUAUGGUAGCCCACACCUUUAAUCCCAGCGCUCAGGAAGGCAGAAGCAGGCAGAUCUCUGAGUUUGAGGCCGGCCUGAUCUACAGAGUGAGUACCAGGACAACCAGGACUACACAUGUUCUCAACUGGCAGGGGAGUGUGUUCUGGAAUACAGGUCAUGUGAGUGGUUGGUAGGAUUAUUCCUACAAUCUGUCUGUGCUGGUUUGUUUUCACAAGGAACUAAGAGAACAUUAGAAUUAUGAUUGGAAUUGCCUUUUUUGAAAUAAAAAUAAUCUUAUUAGUAUU